GUAGUGCUUUUUUGGGGGAGAAAGCAAGUAUCGAAAAUCUUAGAAGCAAUAGACGGCUACUGUUAAAGCCCAGACGAUAAAACCUUCCAUCUUAGGCAUGAGCUUGGGAAAAACAAUCUGUCAGAGUUACUGUUGAUCAGCCAUGAUUUACCAAGCCAACUCUUUCCGGAUCGCCUUGGCUCUGCAUUUAGUACUGUCAUCGACCUGUAGUCAGCAAUCAAGCCAAAGCGAAGCUUUCCAAGCAGGAGAUCUCAUCCUUGGUGGUUUGUUUCCUGUUCAUUCGUAUUGCCCGAGUUCUUGUCAAGACAAAUGCGGUGAUUUGCGAUCACGGGAUGUAGUUUAUUUCACCGAGGCCAUGAUUUACGCCAUCGAUCAAGUAAACAAGAAUUCAAACAUUCUUCCAGGAAUAAUUCUUGGAUUUAAAAUCCUCGAUUAUUGUUCAAAAGACGUCAUAGCAUUAGAAAAAGCGUCUUAUUUUCUCCCUUCAUGCUCGACCUCAAAACCACCGCCAAUCGUCGGAGUUGUGGGACCAUACUCAAGCAGUGUUGCUCUUCAGGUUUCCAAUCUCCUCGGACUUUUUCAGGUGCCGCACAUAAGCUACGGCGCUACCAGUCCUCUCCUCAGCGACAAAAACCGUUUCAAGUAUUUUGUACGAACAGUACCGUCUGACGAGGUGCGCGCAAGGGCCCUCGUUGAUCUUUUACUUUUAAACGGCACAAAAUAUGUGUCUGUCGUUUAUUCGGACGAUGAAUUUGGCAGAGAAGGAAGUAAAUACUUCACACAACAGGCAAACAAUCGCGGCAUCUGCAUUGGUACAAUAAAGGCACUUCCACAAGGUGAUGCAGUUUUAACUUUUGAUGAAGUAGUGAAGGAUAUAAGUCAAAAAACGAAUGCCAAAGUUAUCGUCCUCUUUUGUUCCAAAAGUGAUAUAAGUUUACUUUUUAAUGCAGUAAAAGAGCUCGGAAAACAGAGCGUCUUUCGAUGGCUUGUCGGAGGUGAUUCGGCUGAAAUGUCGGUUUAUUUAAAUGGAAACGAAGACAUGGCGAAUUAUAUGGUGUUAUGCUCUCCUCAGAAUGAAAAGGCGACACAUUUUGAAAAAUGGAGAGACGAAAAUAACGGAAGUCGCAAUCCAUGGAUUUCAGAAAUGAAGCAGCAAAGGAACAGGUCAAAAUAUCGUUCAGAAAAUCCCCUUGAUACCUUUAUUAAACGAGAAAUAUUUUCUGCAGAUAUGUACAUUCAAAGCGUGAUUAACUCCGUGUACACUUUUGUUAACGCACUGGACAAAAUCUUCAAACUCUCUUGCAAAAAUUCUUCAAAUACUAUAUCGUGCUUGCAAGAACAAUCACAACAGCGAAAAGCUUUGCUUGACACUAUUCUUGAUGUAAAGUUUGAGACUCUAACCGGAAGGCAAAUUGAAUUUGACGAAAAUGGAGAUAUUUCAGCAGAAUAUGACUUGUUAAGACCACAGAAAGAUGCCUCUGGAAAAACGUGGAGGCUCGUAACGUUAGGUCACUGGGGUCUUGAGAGAAAUGGUUCAGGUCCUGCUAGGAUGAAGCUAUUUCAGCACACCAACAUACUGCCCCGUACAUUCUGCAGUCGUCCCUGUAAAAGAGGAGAAAGAAAAAUUACCAUCGAGCCUUGCUGUUGGAAAUGUGAUCCGUGUAAACCCAAUGACGUCACGAAUAGCCAGCAAACAGGAUGUACGCCAUGUGCCCGAGGUUUUGUGGUGAGCUUGAAUUAAGUUAUGUGAAUGAAAGCAAGUUAAAAUGAAUAGUUGUAUUUAUUUUGUCAUUGGUUUCAAUGAGUUGACCCGGAAUUAUAUCAUUUACCUUAAUUUUUACCAUUUAUUCUAUUAUUUACUCCGCGCCCGGAAAGGCUUGCCAUUAAAAUUGUCACGGCUUCAUUUUGAUCCAGUACUCGAUGUUAGCUGUUUUCAGGGGCGGAUCCAGAAAAUUCAGAAGAGGGGGCCGAGUCUCUCACCCUUCCCCCCCCGAAUGAAAACUUCACUUUUCAGGAGAUAUGCAGCAUACAUGAUUGUGGGUGUAUUCGGGAUGCAAAGUAAAGUAACGUUAACGUUUCGGAAGAUAGAAUUAAAGAGCAUUUUAUAAAAACGAUUUUCAAAGCAAAAUCGUAGUGUUAGUG